UUUGACAUUUUCAUUUAGAUGUUUGAUUUUGAAGAGGCAACGAACUCGGAGGGUGGUGGCUAAUCAAACUAACCAGUUAUAUGAAACCCUUAUAACUGUGCAGCAAAAUAAAUGUCAUUCAACAUGGAAAAGUGUCAUGUAUUUGACGAAUAAUUACCGUCAACAUUGCGUGAUUGGUUGAAUCAACCGGGAGGCGGCCUGUGGCGCUAUGGCUUAGAUUUACUUGCUUACUAUCGCCUUAGAGUUUGGGGUGCGACUUGGGGGAAGGCAGUAAAUGAAUGUGAGUGUGUGUGUAUGUGUGACUGUAACCUAUAAUUACCUGGUAGACAACCGGGUGAGCCUCUGGGCAGGAAUAAGUUCCGCAGGCUCAGAGACAACGCGACAGUCGACGCGAACGGAUCUCACAAAUAUUGUCGCCGGAGAUCCAGUGAGCUGCUGAGAAAAAUGUAUUCUCCCGCCAAAUCGCCUAUUGUCGAUGUCACCGAGACCCUUUCCCUGCACAGCGAACUGGACAUUGAACUAGAGCCAAGUGGCAAUGCAGCCUACUCCAUUGCUGCAACACACAAUCUUCGUCUGCCUGGACUGCCGGGACUCACAAUACCCAGCCUGUUGGCAUCCAAGUCCAAUGGCAGUAUUUCCGGCGCCACAUUACCCGCUUUCGAAUAUAUCGCACCGCCAAAUCAUGCGCUCCAAAGCAUUGACUUUCCACUGAUGGAGCUGAAUCGUGUUGGCAUGUUUCCGGGAUUCUUGCAUCGGCGUGCCCGUGGCGAGAAGCGACCCAUUCCGGAUGCCCAAAAAGAUGCUAAAUACUAUGAGCGACGAAAGCGCAACAAUGAGGCUGCGAAAAAAUCGAGGGAUGCACGCAAAAUACGUGAGGAUCGCAUUGCGUUCCGUGCUGCACUCCUCGAGCAGGAGAACUCCAUACUCCGAGCCCAGGUGCUGGCGCUGCGAGAUGAAUUGCAAACCGUGCGGCAGUUGUUGGGCGCCACAGCCGGUGGCAUGCUGGGUGUGGCAAGGCAAGUGUGAUGUCGUUAUCGUUGUCGUUGAUAUCGCCGUGUACAUAGUGAAAUUGU